CACGUAACAGAACAAUUUCAAUAAACAAAAAAUAAAACAAAAAAAGCAUUGCAUACAGGAAAAGUAAUGUGGUGUCAAUGGCCCCCAAGUAAGGUUAUUGGAACUGCUGAACUUUUUAUUUAAAGGGAUAACCUGUUAAGUCUUACAAUACAAAGGAGUUCGUCGGACUUGUAAAGCUCAAAGAAAGAACAAUUGGUUUUGGUUUAAAAAAAAACUUGUAAUGCGAUUUAUGUAUUUAACAAGUUUUAUAAAACUUUUUUAUUAUUUGACUUACAACUCAGGGAAAAAAUGUAUUAAGAAAUAGUUAGUUUAAUGUUAUUGUGCUGAAUAUUUCACCCAAGUAAAGGUAAGCCAUUUGCUGAUCAUGCGUUAAUCGAGGAGUUAGCCAAUGAAUGUGGAUCGAAUCGGUUAAAUAGAGCACUCGUUGUUUGGGGCUAAAAAAAAACUGGGUUAGACCCCUGUUUUGCAAUUAUCAAAAUUCAGUUUAAAUAUGCUCACUCUAGGAGUCAUUCGUAAGCAACUUUUAAAGCAAAAGCACAUUAAAUGCUCUUUUUUUAUUUUUGUAACAAUAAAAAAUAAAAUUAAAAAAAACAGAUCCCAACUGGCAGACUAACUACUAGUUGUAAAAAAAUGGGAAAUGCAAACAAAAGAAUAUUAGGUUGUAGCUAAAUCAAAAAAACUCGUGGCUCAUGAGGAACCUACUAUACCCCAACAAAGGUGUCAUGAUGUGCUGACCCUGCAUUCUUUUUUGAAACUCUAGGUGUCCGCUGGGUUUUGCAGCCAGCGGACUUGGUAGUUGGGAUUUAUUGUUCGCAUCGCGAGGUUAAAGCUACUAACGCAACCGCCGCAAAAUGCUGCACUUCGGAGUAAGAUCGUGGAGUCUGAGUCUGCUGGUCAUGGCCCUUGUCCUGACCACCUUCGCCCAGGAGGAGGGCGUGUCCAACCGGAUCGCGGCGCCCGGUGAGCCACGCUACUAUCUGAUGGCGGAUGCAGGUCCCUUGGUGACCCCAAACGAACCUCUGAGACGCACGAACCGCUCGCUGCUCAAGUGGUGGGAUGACCUGUUUCCCCGCAACAACAACUGCUGCAACAACAACGCGCUGUAUCCACCGGCGCCAGUUGCCCCCGCGCUUCCCGUGACCAACAACUGCAAUGGCCUCCAGCUCGACGACCUGGACCCCUUCAAGCAGAUGAAGCUCCUCAAGAAGCUUCCGGACCUCUUCUCCUCCCCCCUUCCCUGCACGCAGUGCAGCGGCAGUUGCGGCCAGCUGCCUCUGCCGCAAAACAGCUAUGUGGCACCGCAGACUCCUUCCUACGGGGGCGACGGCUACGCGGUGUCGCCGGAGGGUGCCUAUGCCAAACCCAACACAGAGUACAACGGUCCCGGAGAUGGCGACGCCGGGUACGUGGCACCGGCACCUCCUUCUUACGAGGCCCCGGCACAACCCGCUCCAACCUACGAGGCCCCGGCCCAACCAGCUCCCUCCUACGAAGCUCCGGCACCACCAGCGCCCUCCUACGAGGCUCCUGCUGCCAACUACCAGAAUCCCGCUCCACCGGUUCCCAGCUAUGAUCCGCCCGCACCCAGCUACGCUAAGCCCGAGAGCAACUCUCCCCGGGAAUACGGCGGGGCCCCACCCGCACAAAUUGUUUACCAACCCAUAAUCUACGUGUCCACACCACUGGCAUCAAGAUCAUCCGUCCAGGCUGAGACCGAUGUCCAGGGAUACGCCAGUCCGACCGCCCCUCAACCACCGGCACCUGCUCCCGUUUACGAACCGCCGCAGCCCGCCUGCUACCAACCGGCGCCACCCUCCGCACCGCCCACGCCCAACUAUGCCACGCCCUCGUGCCAAACGCCUAUCCGCCUGUCCCUCAUAGACCAGCCGUACCGAGUGGCCCCGGAACUGUUCGCGGAGUACAACUACCGGCUGGCCUUGGGCGCCCAGAACUAUUAUUAGCUUACUGAUCGUUGACGGUUGUCCAAUCUGUAAAUAAAAUCUUCUAAUGACUCCUG